UCGUUCAUUGGCCUUAACAGAUACGGACACCCGGACACACCCAUAUCAUCAUCAUCGAUUUCCCAGACCGCCAUACCUCAAAUACAGAGCCAUAUGUCUCAGCAAUCUCCAAGGGACAUGACAGUAAUUUAACCACUCCAGAAACUAGUUCACCAAGAACAUGCAUGGUUUUCUGGCUCUACUGCCUCUAACACCACCACACCUCUAUUUCUUCAACCUCUCUUCUUCUUCUUCUUCAAGAUCUCUUCUUUACCUGCAAAUCAGACCCAAAUCUUCAACACCCAUUCUGGGGUACCCCUCAAAAACCAACCUGAAUCUCGUCGUGUUCUCCUCCCACUCUUCGAGUUUCUCGAAUUUCAGUAGCAAACGACGACGCUUUGUUACGAGAGCGAGCCGCAGGGAGUCCCCGUACCAAGUUUUGGGGGUGUCUCCUUCUGCUACUGAUGUCGAGAUCAAAAAGGCGUAUCGGAAACUUGCCCUCAAGUAUCACCCAGAUGUUAAUAAAGAGCCAAAUGCGCAGGAGAAAUUUAUGAGGAUUAAACAUGCCUAUAGUACAUUGCUGAAUUCAAAAUCUCGGGGGAAUUAUGACUCUAAUUAUGGAUCUGACUAUUCCUAUUCUGAUUCUCAAAAGAGCCAAAGUAAGAAGGCUCAAGAUGAAGAAGAGUUUUAUGGAUUCGAGGACUUCUUUAAAGAUAUUCAAGCAGAAUUCCAGAACUGGGAAGAAAGUGCUUCUACACAAGGAAAGCCAAGGAGUUUGUGGGAGGAAUUGUCGGAAAUUGGAGAAGAAUUUGUAGAAUUUCUUGAGAAAGAACUCAACAUAACAGAUCCAGAGGUUGGAUCAGAUAACAUCAAUGAAGGGCCUGAGAAGGGUCCAUUCAGAAAUUCUGGGAAAGAGACAACGGAAAGUGCAAGUAAAAAGGAAGCCAGUAUGGGGGCUAGUAUUGAAGAGAAUAUUGAUGAGAUAGAAGCUACUCUUGCUCAGCUGAAAAGGGAAUUGGGAUUGUAGCACAGAAAUGCAGCUUUUGAAUUCUUUAGGGAAACAUUUUGAUAAGGUGGAGGGGAAGAAAAUAGGAUAAGAAAAAGUAGAGGUAGAGGAUUUAGCUAAUCCUUUCAAUCUUGGACGAAUGAUAGAAGGUUCUCAAGUCAAAAUAUAAAAUUACUUACAGCAUUCUUUAAUUUCAUAUGAAAGCAUUAUGUAGAGUAAGAUUACUAGUGUUUUGUCUCCAAGAGUGUUUAGGCUUGUAUUGAAGCGUAUGAUUACAAUUUCUCUUGUAUUCAGAUGUGGACAUGUGAAAAUCAAGUGCUGUCCUAAGGAUUGUUGCCGUGAAGGCUUGGUCCUUGAUA